AUGCGACGGAGCUUCUCCGACUGCACCAACUGCCCCCCUGGGUCCUACUGCCAAAGUUUAGGCUUGAGCCUUCCGACCGACGUGUGCGCUGCGGGCUACUAUUGCAUCUCGGGGGCGACUACACCAACGCAAUACGAGUCACCGAUUGGCUUCUUUUCACCUGCAGGGGCCUACAGCCCGUCGGCGUGCCCGCCUGGGACGUACAACAACCAAGUGCGCCAGUCUCAGUGUGCCAACUGCCCCGCUCGCUUCUACUGCAACGGCACGGCGACGGUGCAGCCAGCAGUGUGCCCUCAGGGGUUCUAUUGCCCCAUGAGUACGGCACUGCCGCAAAAGUGCCCCGCUGGCACCUACAGCAACCUCACGGGCCUCGCGGUGACGACAGACUGCCUCUCGUGUCCGCCAGGCUUCUUUUGCCAGACGAGUGGACUUGUGCAGCCGUCGGGGCCUUGUAUGGCUGGCUACACGUGCACAGGCGGUGCCAUGUUUCCCAACCCCAAUGGUCAGUCGUAUGGCACCAUCUGCCCCGCCGGGAUGUACUGCCCUCUCGGCUCGGCGCUACCUCUUCCAUGCCCUCUUGGGACAUACCGCCCCAAUACGCUCGGUCAAAACGUCACGGAUUGCACGCCGUCGCCCGGUGGCACGUUUAGCAAUGCUACAGGACUCACUGCACCCACGGGUGUGUGUUCUGCAGGGUACUACUGCACGUCGACCGCUUUCAUUGCGACACCGACCGACGGCGUCACUGGGAAUUUGUGCCCUGUCGGGUUCUUUUGCCCGUUAGGCUCGUCCUCGCCGCUCAAGUGCCUCUCAGACUGUCAGCUGUGCGCACCGGGGCAGUACUGCAAUACGACGGGUGCCGUGGCGCCGAGUGGUCCGUGCGACCCGGGGUACUUUUGCCAGUUCAACAACGCUGUGGCGCGGCCGACUGGUAUAUCGACCGUGAACGGCGUACAACUGGGUGGCGGCAUAUGUCCGGUGGCCAACUUUUGUUCUGGCGGGUCGAGCGCACCGACGGUGUGUGCGGCCGGGACGUACUCGAUCAGUACGGGUGCGAGUCAGUGCACGCCGUGUCCUGCCGGUUAUUACUGUCCGGCGGGGACGAGCGACUACAGUGGGCUGGCGUGUCCGCAAGGGUACUACUGUCCACAAGGGACUCGCACGAUGCACGAGUAUCCGUACUGUCAGCUGUGCGCACCGGGGCAGUACUGCAAUACGACGGGUGCCGUGGCGCCGAGUGGUCCGUGCGACCCGGGGUAUUUUUGCCAGUUCAACAACGCCGUGGCGCAGCCGACUGGUGUAUCGACCGUGAAUGGCGUACAACUGGGUGGCGGCAUAUGUCCGGUGGCCAACUUUUGUCCUGGCGGGUCGAGCGCACCGACGGUGUGUGCGGCCGGGACAUACUCGAUCAGUACGGGUGCGAGUCAGUGCACGCCGUGUCCUGCCGGUUAUUACUGUCCGGCGGGGACGAGCGACUAUAGUGGGCUGGCGUGUCCACAAGGAUACUACUGUCCACAAGGGACUCGCACGAUGCACGAGUAUCCGUGUCCGAAAGGCACGUACAGCACCCAAACGACGCUCCAGAACGUUACGCAGUGCGUGUAUGCACCGGGUGGCAUGUACGUCGAUAUUGUCGGCGCCACGGCGCC